AUUCGACAUGAACUCAUGAAGAUGGAGUUCGUGGCAUAUUUGUUCAUUUCGGACGGCGUGUUGAAAAACAGAAAAAGUGAAAAGCUAUAUAUACUCCAUUCUCCAUCACCAAUUUCUUGUACAGAAAAACCAAUUAUUCCUGGCAGCUCAAUUCAUCUCAAAAUGGAUAACGGAAUCAAGAACGGUGCUGAAGCCAUAACAGUCUCGGCUCUCAAUUGUAUUGAUCUCUCAACCACAGAUACUCACCAAUCCGUCUCUCUACUCAAACAGGCCUGUUUGGAUUGCGGUUUCUUCUACGUGGUAAAUCAUGGAAUAACCGAGCAAUUCAUGGACGAGGUGUUUUCACAGAGCAGGAAGAUGUUCAGUUUACCGUUGAGUGAAAAAAUGAAGCUUUUGAGGAACAAGAAGCACAGGGGAUAUACCCCUCUUCUUGAUGAGCAUCUGGACCAUGAAAACCAAGUUCAUGUAGGAGAUUACAAGGAGGGGUAUUACAUAGGAGUUGAGGUAGCUGAAGACGACCCAAAAGCGGAAAAGCCAUUUUAUGGUCCUAAUGUUUGGCCUGCACCAGAUAUCUUGCCUGGGUGGAGGGAGACCAUGGAAGAAUUUCAUAGACAAGCCUUAGAGGUGGCUAAAGCAGUUGCUAGGCUCAUAGCCCUUGCUCUUGACCUUGAUGUUCAUUUCUUUGAUAAGCAAGAAAUGCUUGGUGAGGCUAUUGCGACGUUGCGCUUACUACACUAUGAAGGAAAAAUAUCUGAUCCAUCAAAUGGAAUUUUCGGAGCUGGAGCGCAUUCUGACUUCGGUCUCAUUACCCUUUUGGCAACUGAUGAUGUCUUAGGUCUCCAAAUAUGCAAGGAUAAGGAUGCCAAACCUCAGUUGUGGGAAUACGUAGCUCCGGUUAAAGGAGCAUUUAUAGUGAAUCUUGGUGACAUGCUGGAACGCUGGAGUAACUGUAUUUUCAAGUCCACAUUGCAUAGAGUUGUAGGGAACGGUCGAGAGAGAUACUCUAUUGCAUACUUUAUAGAACCUAGUCAUGAUUGUCUUGUCGAGUGCUUGCCUUCCUGCAAGUCAGAAAAUAACCCUCCCAAGUUUCCUCCAAUCUUGUGUCAAACUUACCUGAGCCAGCGCUAUAGUGAUACUCAUGCUGAUCUGACUACCUACGGAGAAAAUAAAAACUAGGUAUGCAACUCGUCCGCAAUUGAAGAUGAAUCUCCUUUCUAAGAUAGCUAACAUAAUUUUUCGGAUAGGCACAAGUGUUGUACUUGACAAUGUUAAUCAGUAUUCAAGAUUCCUUUGUAGAUUCAUAAAGUGCUCCGCUUUGGUAUUCUUCCGGUCGAAGAUUGUUAUAUGUUCUGCAACUUCAGGAAACAAUAAAGGAAAUUAGCUGUUGCAUUCUUUCAUGUA